AUGUCUUACUUGUCUUCACAUGAAGAGAUUGAUUCACCACCCCCACUCUUCUUCUGUGUGGAUGCAGUAACAGCUUUUGGGGCAUUACCUCUGAACUGCAGCUAUCGUUUCAAAAUCAAAAGUGCUGAACUGACAGAUAAUGUCUAUGAUGAACAAGCUUGUGAGUCCUUUCAAGAUUUCUGUGCUGCCAGUGCUCUGCGAACAAAUAUAGGGAAACCCCAAGAGCAACUUUUAAAUAGAUGCUCGUUAUCCCGCGAUUGCUUCUCAGGUGAUUACAGCUUCACUGCAGGGAAUGGUAAAUUCUUUCAGACAAAGAAUGACUGCUGCAACACUGAACUGUGCAACAAUGCAACUCUCAGCCUUCCUGAUCGCAACUUGCUGGCUGAAAAUGGUCUGCAGUGCCCAGCCUGCUAUUCAAAUGGAACCAAAAGAUGUAAAAGUGAGAAGACCAUCAACUGUCUUGAGAAUGAGACCCAGUGUGUUGAUUUUCAAGGAGCUCUUAAUAUAGCUCUCAUUCAGCUCCAUAAGUUCACUUUCCAAGGCUGUGGAACAACAGAUUUUUGUGCCAUCCAGAAAAAUGAAAGAAGAACAAUCAGAUUUGGGAACUUUCUCCUUUUUGUUAAGCAAAUAAGCUGUUAUAAUGAUUCACAAAUCUCACACCAGCUUGAGCAUGAGGGGUGA